AAGGAGAAUUCAUCGACCAUCUUUUGGAGGAGAGUCUUUAACCACAAAACUGCAUAAAUGUGGGUGGCCCCAGUUUGAAGACAAGGCAGUGAUCCUCAUAUCGAGUUUUUCGUUGUGAGAGUCGCCGUGCGUUUGGACCCUGUGCGGGAGCCGUCGUCGCGCUGUUAAUUCCCGGAUGUAGGGCGGGCCUUCUCUCCGUCUUCCUCUCGGUCGCCGCUCAGCUUCAGGUGCCGUACCUCCACCGCUGGAUCCGCCGUCACCAUGCCUCGUCAUAUUUGUGAAAUCAAAGAUUUCUUGCUAACAGCAAGAAGAAAGGAUGCAAAAUCUGUGAAAAUCAAGAAGAACAAAGAUAAUGUAAAAUUUAAAGUACGGUGCAGUAGGUAUCUGUACACACUAGUCAUCACAGACAAAGAAAAGGCUGAAAAACUCAAACAGUCCUUGCCCCCAGGUUUGGCUGUCAAAGAACUCAAGUGAAGAGCUACAAUUUCAAUGUUCAGAUUUUAUUGAAAUAAAAUGACAAAAGGC